CAACCAACCCCUAAAUAAGUGAUUUCUCUUUGCCUAAUCCGGGUGAUUUACCACACACAGGUUCCUUGACUUUUCUUGAGAUAAAUUGGUUGCGCCUCUUUUUGCUUCUCUUCAUGGCAACUAUGACUUUUGUUUGUGUGGCUAUCAUUCUUCUCUCUUCGGUCAACGCUCUAAUCGGCGCUUGAGCAUGAGACUUUGGCCUCUAUCUCGUGCAUUUUUCCCCUACUCACCGUCCCUAUUUGGCUACCUCUGUGUGUAGUGUUUUGGCCGAUUCUUAGGUUAUUCUUCUGUGAUAUUUGAGUGAGUAGUCUUGGUCCAAUCUGGGCAGUAUUGCUAUGUGAUUUUGGCCCUUGAUCUGAGCCCGGAUUCAUCCACUUUUGGAGCCAAUCAAUUGGAGUUCUGAUAGAAAAUGAUGUGGGAAGAGUUUUACGACUAUUUCCAACACCACAACGACGAAGAAUCGGAAGGCGGAAAUAAUGUCAACUUCGAUUUUUCUUCAGUUUUAUACAAGCCCAAGGAUUAUUAUAAAAUAUUGGAAGUGGAUUAUGAUGCCACAGAGGAAGUUAUUCGGUCCAAUUAUAUCCGUCUUGCUUUGAGAUGGCACCCGGAUAAGCUAAAAGAUGAGGACAGUGCGACUUCAAGAUUCCAAGAAAUCAACGAGGCUUACCAAGUUUUGAGCGAUCCUGGGAAACGACGAGAAUAUGACAAGAAAGGGAUGCUUUUUGCCUAUGAUAACAAUGUCAUUGAUUACCUGCAUCGUUACAAGGGUCUUAUUUUAACUUGCAACGGUCUUGGCAUGAAAUGUUCGAUAUGGUAGAACUCAAUAAUGCAAUAAUGGAUUCACAAACGAAGUUGGAUCGGAGUGCAGUUUAUACGUGCUAGGAUCGUAGAUGCAGUGUGGCUAUAUUUUUGCGGUAUAUUUUCUACUGAUCCUCAAUGCGGCAGGCAUAUUUGGUGGAAAUUGCAGGCCCUAAUUUAGAAGAGGAAUGCAGCAUGCCCUUUCACAUCCAUUAGCUUUUGUUCAUCUGUACAAAUGGAAAUGACUAGUGUAGACUUAUGUUCUUACUGUGAAAUCAAGUUGUGGGUUUCUAUUUGUAUGAAAUUUAGAGCAUUCUCUCUAAUUUAAUUGAAAAUAACCUUCAAAAAUUCUAUUUUAACUUUUUGUUAAAAUGGAGUUGGGUUUUAAGUUAA